AUGUGUUUUUACAUCACUAAUGCGCAUCUCUAAUUCACAUUUUCAGCUUGCGUGUUGGCCAUACGGAAUACGAAAUUAGUGAAAAUAAAGGACUUCCAUAUACGCAAGGCAGCCCAAGUGUAACGGAACUGAGAGACUAAUCCCCCAGUUACCACGCAGGCCUCAGCUGAACAAGAAUAAGAAGACGAAGAAGCAACCCAACCGAACGGAAGGAACGCCUCCACUCGAGUCUUAACGCAACCUACCCUACUGUCUCUGUGUGCGUGCGCGUGUGUGUUGUCAGAUUUGUGUGUGUGUCCCGUUUCUGUGUUGAAGGAUCAGGCCAGAUCCGACCAGGAGGAGCAACCAGCAGCCAGCGGUAUCCCCCAAACGACCGACCACCACCACACACUAGAGAGAGCUCGCUCGUUGCACCUGUGUUCACAGCUGCAAUUUAUAUUUCGCCCCGAGUUGAUCUAAAAAAAUCAUCACCAUUCCUCUAUCAACGUACGACGCCGCUCCCCUUUUGCACUCUUACGACGACAGUCCGCAACGUUGGGAGCACACCAACGGGCACCAGGCAGGCGUCAUCAUAGAUCAGUUUCGGAGCGGUAAAACGAUCACCAUUGAGGGAGGCACCAGCACCGGUGAUACGACGAGCAUCGGCGGCGGCAGCGAUUUAAGACUGGUAAUAACGGCGAACCCCAGCGAGAUCGAGCGCAAUUACGAUCAGCUUACCAAUCGUGGUGGCGGCGGAGGCGGUGGCGUUAUAGGCGUCAGCUGCGGUGGCCAAACCCCACCGACACCAACGGUCGGGAAAACCCUGCUCAAUACCAGUCCCAAUCUUUUGCCGAUUACCACAGCGACAGAUACGUUCAACAAUCUUAAGAAUCUGGUGAAGAUCGACAAGGGCUCAACACCCGCAUCGAACCAAGGAGGCGGCAACUAUCGCAAGGGCUCGAACAGUUCUAGCUACAAGUCCGGCGGUGGAGUAUCCCCAGCCAUUAGCAACAGCAGCGAGGGUUUGGGUGGUAGAAACGGCAGCCGUUCAUCUGGUGGCCCAACUGGACUCUUUUCCACUGGCUAUAGUAAAAAUUCCGCCAAAAUUCGUCAACACGAUAGUGAGGUGAGCCCAAGACCUCGACGAUCUUACCAGGGUGACUCGUCGUCGUCGCGUUACUAUCAAAAGAAUAGUGACAUUUUGGGUCAAAGCAUCAACAACCAGCAGCUCGGCAGCUCCGACAGCUACAACGGCUCUGGACGAUAUUCUUCGAGUGAUCAGCAAGGCGGAGCGCAUCGUGGUAGCCGCAGCUAUCACUCCAACUCCGAUGGCAGCUAUAAUAAUCGAUCAAUAAACUCCAACUCCACCGGCGGUCCUGCUGGCGGAGCAAGCGGCGGAAGUAGUGGCGGCGGCGGCGGUGGCAGUAAUUACCGCUCAUCCCGCAACUACGAGAACGGCAAUGGAAGCAACGGACAACAGUCGCGUUACGGCAACGGCAACUCCUCGUCCAACUACAACGGAGCUGCAUCUAACUCAAUUAACAAGUCGUCGUACGGGCAUUCGCGUGGUGGCAACGAUGGAGUCGUGAGCGGAGUUCGUCGCGAAGAAUACCCCAACAACUACCGCGACAGCUACGAAGACUCUCCCUCACAUCAACGAUACAACAAUACUAACAGCCAAGAGCGAAACGGAGGUGCUGGAGCAGCAGGCCCCCGAUCUGGCUACAAUAGGGCCCCCGAAACGGAUCGCUACGAUCGUGGUGCGGCCGCCAGUCGUCCUACUGCCGUUCGUAACGGAAAUGCGCCUGCUCAGGUUUCAGCUUCAACUUCCAAUUCUUCGAACCAUUCUUUGAACAACUCUGCCCACUCGGCAGCCACUUCUCAGCAAUCACAGUCGUCACAGCAGCACCAGCAGCACCAACAGCAGCAGCAUCAACAACAACAACAACAGCAGCAGCAGCAAUCACAGGCAGCAGGAGGCACCAAGGGAAACACUCCUCCGCCAAUUACUGGUCGUUGGAUACCACCAUCGUUGCGUCCGCAGCAUGGACUUACGCAGAGCGAGAAGAACGAUGCCGUGUUCCGGCGCGUAAGGGGAAUACUGAACAAGCUAACGCCCGAGAAAUUCCAGGAGCUGAGCGAUGAACUGCUGCAACUUGACCUCAAUUCGAUUGUCAUUUUGAAUGGUGUGAUCUUGCUGAUCUUUGACAAGGCAUUGGAUGAGCCCAAGUACUCGUCUAUGUACGCACAGCUGUGCAAGCGCCUGUCCGAGGAAGCACCAUCGUUUGAUAAGGAACCAAACAACUCUUGCACUUUCCUGCGACUCCUGAUCGCCGUCUGUCGCGACAAGUUUAACAAUCGUCUGAAGCGUGACGAGAACGACAACAGCAGACCGCCGCCAGAAAAUGAGGCCGACGAGGAGGAACGCCGCCACCUGGCGAAGCAGCGCAUGCUCGGCAACGUUAAAUUUAUUGGGGAGCUCAACAAGCUCGACAUGCUGUCGAAGACCGUGCUGCAUCAGUGCAUCAUGGAGCUACUGGACAAGAAGAAGAAGCGUACGGCCGGUGCGCAGGAAAUGUGCGAGGACAUGGAAUGCCUGGCUCAGUUGCUCAAGACUUGCGGCAAGAAUCUGGAUUCAGAACAGGGCAAAGAGCUGAUGAAUCAGUACUUCGAGACGUUGGAACGUCGAUCAAAGUCAACUGAAUAUCCACCAAGGAUACGCUUCAUGCUAAAGGAUGUCAUCGAGCUGCGACUGAACCAUUGGAUUCCACGCAAGGUUGGUACCGCCGAGGGACCCGUCCCCAUAAAGCAAAUACGCUCGGACGACGACUCUAUCAUACGCACCCCCUUCCCCAAUCGCAAUCGCGAUAUGCGCAACAACGAUCGCGAUUCCGACAGCUGGAUGAACCGAUUCCACUUGAAUAUCCAGCCUGGCUAUAAUGAUAUGUUCAGCGGGCUAAGUGUCACCGGAUCCUCUCCCAUUGUGUCCCCGUUCGCCACCAGCUCGAAUCGGGACCGAGAUCGCGAUAAUCGCCAGUACAACAAUCGCGGCGACCGCAAUCGCGACCAGAACGGAGGCGGCGGCAGCGGCGGCGGCGGCGGCGGAAACUACAACAAUCGCUACAACAAGCACAACCAGAACGGUGGAGGAAAUGGCGGAGGAGGGUCAUCUGGUAACCGGGACCGAGAUCGGGAUGAUUCGCGCAGGAACAACGACCGGGACAGGGACCGCAACGACGGACAAUAUGGCGGUAAUCAGCUGCUGGGCAGCAAGGAGCUAGCGCCGCGUUUCAAGCGCAAUUUGAUCACCACGAACCAGGAUGCGGUGGAGAACUUGCAAAUGCGCCCGGCGGCCAACUCCUUGCUUUUCCGAGCGGCCAACCAAAACCAGAAGUUCCCAGCCACGUUGCCCAUGUCGACGCCACCCAACAGCAGCCAGGGCAAGGACCAGGGACAGCUAUCCAAUUCCCACUAUCCAUUGCUGGGUACUCCCACAUCCCAUCUGACGAAUCCCACACGUCCAUCGUCCACCCCGUCUGCGGAAUACGCGGAUAACAAGACACUCCACGGAGUUCAGCAAGAGAAGACCCUUAAGGCGACCUCAUCGUCGCCCAACUUCAGCUCGGGUGGCUCGCGGGAGAAAUUAGAUGAGCAGAGCGCGGACGGCCAAUCCUCAAAGUCUUCGAACGACGGCAAAGAACAGCAACAACCGAAGAGUGGUUCCGUGGAGAGACCUAGCACACCAUCAGGCAAUGGCUCGGCCAAGCAGCAGAAGAAGGAUAAGUAUACCAGCAAGGAGGAACACGGCAAGAAAGCCACCCUCUACUUCAAGGAGAAGUUCUUCUACGACGAGGAGCCAAAGGAUGAGGAGACAGAGGUCGAAGCUCCAGCGCCAGCUGCAGAGCAGGAAGGGGAAACACCAAUACCCUCCCUCAAAUCUGACCGAUUCACUGAGCUAGCUGAGGGAUUCCUCGAGCUGAAACUGCCCGAGAAGUCCCUGAAGGAUGUGUGCACGAACUUGCUGAUGGAUGUGUUGGACCGUGUGAAUGAUGUCUACUUGGAGCGCAUCGUGCGCUUCUUGCAGACAUUACGCAAACAGUCGAGCAUCAAGCCGAACAUUGUAGUGGAGGUCUUCAAGCAGUUGGUCAACAAGAUGAACGAGCGCGAAGCUCUCAAUCCGAGGAUCACGGCCCUCGUGGCGAGCGUCCUGAGCAAGGCCGUAUGCGAGCCAGCUCUGCUGAAGCUGAACGACAUCGCCAACUACACGGACAAUGGACAGCACUUCCCGCUUUUCCUCUUGGUGCUGCAGCAGCUGCAUAAGAGCAUUGGCAAGGAGGCCUUGGAGGAGAAGUUCCGAGCAAGUAAAAUUGACCUGAUGAACAGUCUGCCAGAGGUUGAUCGUAACAAGGAGAGACUGGCCGAAAUACUCGAGGAUCGCAAUCUUUCCUUCCUUUAUCCGUUGUUGAAAGUGCAGGCCGAGAUGAUGAAGCAGUUGCUGGCCGAUCCCAGUCCGACCAACUUCUAUAAGUGGAUCAAAUCGAAUGUGGACAACAAGUACUACAAGGACCCCGGCUUUAUUCAGUCCCUCAUGACCGUAGUGGUGAAGUAUAUAACCAAGGAGACGACACUGGCCCCCAAUCUGGAUCCAAAGGAAGCUCCGGAGAAAUCCGUUACCCAGAAGGAGCAGCAACUGCUGGAGAACUAUAGUCAGAUGCUGCAGACCUUCCUUGGGCAAAACGAACUGCAACUGAUCGCGUUGUAUGCCUUGCAGGCGUUCUGCUUUAACGAGAAUUUCCCCAAGGGCAUGCUGUGCCGUUGGUUCAAAUAUCUGUACGAGUCUGAAAUCAUCGAGGAGGAAGCAUUCGUCUCUUGGAAGGAGGAGAUUUCCGACAAAUAUCCAGGCAAAGGAUCCGCUCUGUUCCAAGUGAACGCCUGGCUGACUUGGCUACAAGAAGCCGAAUCCGAGGACGAUGAGGAUUAAGAAGCACCGCCCCCAAUAACAACAACUCUAUUGUAUAUCACAUUAAUUUAUAUUCACAAAUUGAUUACAUGAAAAAAAGAACAAAGAAAACGCCCUAACAAAAAAAAAACAAAACAAAAGAUAAACUCAGCAGGAUGAAAAUGAAAGCUUGGAAUCGCGGUUGCAAAUCUUAGUCAAAUUAUAGUAGAAGAACCCACAAGUUAAUCAAAAUUAUUUAAUAUUCAAAAAAUGCAAACAAUUAACAACUUAGUAUCAACAAAUAAAACGCAAUAGACGCAAACGUAUAGAAUAUUAUUCCACGAAAUAUAAACGCAAACGAAAGAAGUAGAUUUUAAUUGACAUUUCAAGUCACGAACGCAUAUAUACAAUACAUUUUUUAUUUACAAUUAGUAAAUCUUGACUCAACCGGAACUGAGAACUGAUCUAUCGAAUAAUAUAUUCCCCCUUUUUUGUUAUCUCUAUUCAAUUGCCACUCGCACAUCUAUUCGUUUUUGUAUCCACCUUAAGUAGUUCAAAUCAAACAACGCUAAAAAUAUAAAAAUCAGUAGAUAUGUGCAGUAGAUGCGAAACUAUAAAAUCUGAUUGUAAUUGUGAACAAAAUAUCGUACAUAUGUAUUUUAACCUAACAAAAAAAAUCUAUAAAAAUCUGCCGACAUUAAUAAGAGCUCUAAUAAAAAUGCAACCGACACUGCGAACGGCAAAA